GAGGACUACUCUAAACCAAUUAGGAAAGACAGUCAAAAUGGAAACCGUGAAAAUUAAUGAAAAUAAAAUUAAAAACAAAGUAUGUGACUACGUUUAUUUCGCUAUUUCAAAUAUACCAAACGAACUUAGAGCUGCUGAUUUGAGGGCUCAUUUUUCUUCAUUAAUAGAGAGUCGAUGUUUUAUUUGUUUCCAUUAUCGUCACAGACCACAAAAGGCAGACAACACAACUUGUAACACUCGUUACACUGACGCUGACAGUCACAACGUAAUCAAACGUUGUUGUGUCGUUCAAAUCCAAAAAUGUAAAUGUGAAGAAUUGCUAAAAUUGCACAACAGUCAUUGGACUAAUGCCAGUGGGGAAACUUUAAGAGAGCUUUGUUUCAUAAAAUCUAUAUUGAUAAAAUUAACGGACAGUGAUGAUGACAAACAAGAUUCUGUCGCAGAAGAGGUAUUAUUAGCAAUGCCUGAACUCAAUCCUCCACCAUUGAUGCCUAAUGGAAAUGUAGGAACUCCAACUUUAGUCUUUCUAGAUCUUAUCCAGCAAUGUUUACUCCCACAAAGUCUUGUCAGCAAAUUACAACUGAAAUUUCCAAAAACGGCAGCGAAAAGAAUGUAUGGCAAUGUCAACUUUGAGUAUGAUAACAGAUUAGGUUCUCAUAAACAUUCUAAUGAUAACAAAGUCAUGAAUGCUAGUACAUUUUCUGAACUUGAUAAAAAAACAUUAUUAGUCCCAAAGAAAUAUUACACACGAGUGUUGCAUUCAAAGAAACUGUUGCACAAUAUGAACAAUAAAAACAUCAGUGGUAAUGAAGAGCCGUCUUGUAAAUGUCAGUCAAACCAAACAGAAACUAAAGAUUUAAGUUUCAGUUACACUACGCAAAGUGAAAAAGACAAUCAUAGAAAUAAUGAUCAAGAAACAUGCACUCCUACUGUCCAAGGCCUUUUAUUAAAUGCUCAGGGCUCCUCAUCUACUGCUCAGGGCACCAUCAGUUCAGCUGAUCAUGGCCCUUCAUUAACUGCUCAUGGCUCCUCUUCGGAUGAUUAUGGCCCAGCAUGGACUGCACAGAGCACCUCAUCUUCUGUUCAGGGCCCUUCAACAACUGCUCAAGGCUCCUUUUCAUUUGACCAUGGCCCUCCUCAGAGCCCCUUAACUAAUUCAUCACAGUUACCAGGGUUGACCAACAGAGAAAAAAAAAGGCUUUUGAAAAAAGAGAAUCAAAUGAUGAAACUGUUGAUGGCUGAAGGAAUAGAAGAAAAGCUCAUCUUUUUGGAGCAGCGUUAUCAUGAUGAAGAAGCUGCAGAAGAAUGGGAUAUUUGCGAAGCUAAUGAAGAUGAUCCCAGUAAUCAAGAGAGAAAUAAAGAGAGACUGUAUGAUGAACAUAUUGAAAUGCCUUGGGAGAAGGGUGGGGCUGGAGUCAAUUUUUACACAGAUGCUGUGUACUGGCAACAACAAGAAGGAGAUUUCGAUGAACAGACAACAGAUGAUUUAGAUGUUGACUUUAGUGCCUAUGAAGAGCCAGGAACUGGGGAUAAAGAUAUCAAAGAUUUCUUGAAAAUACGUCAAGAGGCAAGGUUUCGUAGUGGUUACGAUAGCACAGAUAGAUUUUCUAUAGGCAUUGGUAGACAUCUUCAGAAAAUAAAUCCAUGUAAGUCUAGCAUCAAGAAAAAAGUAGAUCAGCAACCAAUAGGAGUAUUUGAGAGACACACUAAAGGCUUUGGUCGUAAAAUUAUGGAGAAACAAGGCUGGACAGAAGGCACCUGUUUGGGAAGUUCUCAACAUGGUCUUAUUACAGCAUUGAAGGGGGAAGGUCAAAGCGCACACAAUAAAAGAGGACUUGGGUAUAUAGAACACAAGCAAGUAUAUGGAACACGCAAAAAACAUAAAGACAAUAUCUACAUCUCAACAGCCUAUGAUAAUCCAAAUGAAACAGAUCCUAAAGAACCCUUAUUACAGAGAGCAGAGCCUUCGACUCUAAAGCAUCGACCUUGUCACAUAAAUAAAUUUCAAACAUUCGAUUCAUCAUAAUGUAAACAAAUAAAUGUUUGUUCCAUUGACUGAGAAUUUUAAAUAAAUGAUAGA